CCCUAUACUGUUUUCCGUAGUGGCUGUACCAAUUUAUGUUCUCACCAGUAUAGAGGGGUUCCCUUUUCUCCACACGUUAUUUCCUGUCUUUUUCAUAGAAAACCCUAGUUCUUAAUUACUAUUCAUCUUACUGCCUCCAGUUUUAUAACACUCUCCCACCCCCACCAAGCUGCAGGGCUUCAGGCACCACGGACACCAGAAAGGCUGCCCAGCUGAAGCAGCUGCCGCCUCUGGCUUCACAAGGGAAGCGCAGGACCAGCAGCAGGUGGUGAAGCUUGUCUUCCUCAAGCUACCACUGGCAAGUCGGCUUACUUGGGAGGCCAGAGGUAGGUGGAGCUAGUGAGUCAGCACGGCCCCUACCAAAGAAUCUUGCAGGGAGCAGUGCAUGGGACACCUAGCAACUGCUGGGCUCGCUGGGCAACUUUUGUGUCUGCUGUGAGGUCUGUGAGGCUUUGCACUGCAACUAGCCCCCAUGGAUGUCAGUGUUGGAAAGCCCGAGAUCUUGUUUACAAUUUCCCAACUUCGCCAAAAGCCACUUUCAAUAUGUCUCCCACGGCUGUUCCUCUUUCUACUCCAGAGCACUUAUAACUUGUGCAGCCUCAUUAUGCGAGGCUCUAUUUGCAUGCUGCCUGGAUAAGGGAAACGGCUAGACAACACUGACAGAGGCCCAGAGAGGGAAAGCGACUACCUGUUAAGUGGCAAAGCUGCGCCUGGGCUAGGACCCGGUUCCUCGCUACCUUCAACGCCUACCUACGUCACCAGGACUCCGCCCCCAAGUCGGCGACGAAGCCGCUGCCCCGCAGGUUCCAAACUCGCCCCGCGCCCCCUGGUGCGCACACUCAGUCCGACCCUGCCGGCGCACCGCCCACCCGGGUCCUCCGGCCCCAGCAGGUGUGCUUGCGGGGUAAAAAUGAGGCAGGGAGCGUGCUUGUGAGUUCGUUCCUUCUUCAGUUCACACCUUGGGCCCGCAAAACUGCCUCUCCCUUUUCAGAUUCGCGUGGAACAGAAGGGAAGGAAGGGAGAAAGGGGAGGAAGGGAGAAAGGGGAGGGGGCCGAAAGCAAGCAGGAUCUGAGGACCCGGUCGGUGCUGCCACACUCAAGAUGGCGGCACGGCAACGGCAAGGUCCCUCAGAGGCGGUACCAACGCAUGCGCAGCGCGGAGUCCCGGCCCGGGACACAAGAUGGCGGAAGCGGCGCUGGGGAGGGCGAGGCGGAGGCGGCAAAACGGGCUGCCGAGCAAAACGUGUAGCCGCGUCCCCUCGAGUCCGCUUCGGGCAGUUGCUGAUGCAAGGAAUUCCCUGGGCCCCCGUCCACUCCACUGCUGACCAGCCCACCCACCUGUGCUGAGCCUUCCUGCAGGCCUCUCCCCUCCCUCUGUGAGACCCUGUGCCGUGGGGGUCCAUCCGGCCGGAGAAGAAAACCCUCUCAUGCUAGCAUUGCAGACCCCAGAGGGUGAGAAAAAGAGGGACCUCGUUCGGCCUUGAGACCUAUGGGCUCAGCCCCAAGGCACCGGGAACCCCUCCUCCCCCCAGAGAACCAAGGCAGCUACAGCUUUUUCUCCCCUUGGUCCGGUGUGGGUGCUGAGAUGGCCAAUGAGAAUCACGGCAGCCCCCGGGAGGAAGCGUCCUUGCUGAGUCACUCCCCGGGCACCUCCAAUCAGAGCCAGCCUUGCUCUCCAAAGCCCAUCCGCCUGGUGCAAGACCUCCCAGAGGAGCUGGUGCAUGCGGGCUGGGAGAAGUGCUGGAGCAGGAGGGAGAACCGUCCCUACUACUUCAACCGAUUCACCAACCAGUCCCUGUGGGAGAUGCCCGUGCUGGGCCAGCAUGAUGUGAUUUCGGACCCUUUGGGGCUGAAUGCGACUCCACUGCCCCAAGACUCAAGCCUGGUGGAAACCCCGACGGCUGAGAACAGGCCUCGAAAGCGGCAGCUCUCAGAAGAGCAGCCAAGUGGCAACGGUGUGAAGAAGCCCAAGAUCGAAAUCCCUGUGACACCCACAGGCCCAUCAGUGCCCAGCUCCCCCAGUGUCCCAGGAACCCCAAUGCUGAAGAUUUGGGGAACAUCCCCUGAAGAUAAACAGCAGGCAGCUCUCCUCCGACCCACUGAGGUGUACUGGGAUCUGGACAUCCAGACCAAUGCUGUCAUCAAGCACCGGGGGCCUUCUGAGGUGCUGCCCCCGCACCCCGAGGUGGAGCUGCUCCGCUCCCAGCUCAUCCUGAAGCUCCGGCAGCACUACCGGGAGCUGUGCCAGCAGCGAGAAGGCAUUGAACCCCCUCGGGAAUCCUUCAACCGCUGGAUGCUGGAGCGCAAGGUCGUGGAUAAAGGCUCUGACCCCCUGUUGCCAAGCAAUUGUGACCCAGUCGUGUCGCCUUCCAUGUUUCGAGAAAUCAUGAAUGACAUUCCCAUCAGGUUAUCCCGAAUCAAGUUCCGGGAGGAAGCCAAGCGCCUGCUGUUUAAAUAUGCGGAGGCCGCCAGGCGGCUCAUUGAGUCCAGGAGUGCGUCCCCUGACAGCAGGAAGGUGGUCAAGUGGAACGUGGAAGACACCUUCAGCUGGCUGCGGAAGGACCACUCAGCCUCCAAAGAGGACUAUAUGGAUCGCUUGGAGCAUCUGCGGAAGCAGUGUGGCCCCCACGUAUCGGCCGCGGCUAAGGACUCCGUGGAAGGCAUCUGCAGUAAGAUCUACCACAUCUCCCUGGAGUACGUCAAACGCAUCCGAGAGAAGCACCUUGCCAUCCUCAAGGAAAACAACAUCUCAGAGGAGGUGGAGGCCCCAGAGGUGGAGCCCCGCCUGGUGUACUGCUACCCAGUGCGCCUGGCCGUGUCUGCGCCCCCCAUGCCCAGCGUGGAGAUGCAUAUGGAGAAUAACGUGGUCUGCAUCCGGUAUAAGGGAGAGAUGGUCAAGGUCAGCCGCAACUACUUCAGCAAGCUGUGGCUCCUUUACCGCUACAGCUGCAUUGACGACUCUGCCUUUGAGAGGUUCCUGCCCCGAGUCUGGUGUCUUCUCCGCCGGUACCAGAUGAUGUUUGGCGUGGGCCUCUACGAGGGGACAGGCCUGCAGGGAUCGCUGCCGGUGCACGUGUUCGAGGCCCUCCACCGACUGUUUGGUGUGAGCUUCGAGUGCUUUGCUUCGCCCCUCAACUGCUACUUCCGCCAGUACUGCUCUGCCUUCCCUGACACAGACGGCUACUUCGGCUCCCGAGGGCCCUGCCUGGACUUCUCCCCGCUGAGUGGGUCCUUUGAGGCCAACCCUCCGUUCUGCGAGGAGCUCAUGGAGGCCAUGGUUUCUCACUUCGAGAAACUACUCGAAAGCUCCCCAGAGCCCCUGUCCUUCAUCGUGUUCAUCCCUGAGUGGCGGGAACCCCCGACACCAGCGCUCACCCGCAUGGAGCAGAGCCGCUUCAAACGCCACCAGCUGGUCCUGCCCCCCUUCGAGCAUGAGUACCGCAGUGGGUCCCAGCACAUCUGCAAGAAGGAGGAAAUGCACUACAAGGCCGUCCACAACACAGCCGUGCUCUUCCUGCAGAACGACCCUGGCUUUGCCAAGUGGGCGCCGACGCCCGAGCGGCUGCAGGAGCUGAGCACCGCCUACCGGCAGUCAGGCCGAAGCCAUGGCUCCAGCUCCUCCUCCUCGUCGUCCUCGGAGGCCAAGGACCGGGACUCAGGCCGCGAGCAGGGCCCGAGCCGCGAGCCUCAGCCCACUUAACGUCCUGCGGGGAGGAGGAGCCCCAGGCUGCUGGUAUGGACUGCUGGGACAGGGCUCUUGGGGCUGAGCAGACCCCAGGACCCUCCUGGGGUGACAGCAGGACUCAGGCUGCAAUGACAUAGGAAGAUUAUGGCUCUGCUAGGGCUCCCCCUCCCUGAUCCCACCCCCCAACCUACCACCUCAGACUCCCUCCAAAUCCCCUGUAAAUAGGCCCCAUUCCUUCCCUCCUCCACCCCACCCGUGCCACCUUGUUUCAUUUGUAAAAGGAAAUACAGAAACCCUCUCCUCCAGAACGUGUGAGGGUCUUGAGGGCAGAGAAGGCCUAGGAACCUGGAGCUGCUUCUGGGACCACAGCCCUCUACAUCCAGGCUCACCUUCUCGUGACCCUUGGGCCUUCACACCCACCAGGGCUUUAGAGUGGAACUUCUCACCCUGCUGUCCCCUAACUGGGACCCUGGUGGCCUCUGCCUGUUCCCAGCAGGUCUGGAGUCUAGAGCCCUGCACCAUCUAUCUGGUAAGCCCCAAACUCCCACAGCUGGACCUGUGCUGGUUCCUCUGGGGAGCAGAGGACUGGCAGCGGUGCCCAGGUAGAAAGCUAGAUGUCUGCUGGCCCUGGACCCACUAUAGUGAGAGGGCAGCCAGGUGUUUUACAGUCGGGUCAGGAGGAAAUACGGCUCAGGAGGCACCGCGGGCCUCGGUGCGGCCUCUGCAGACCGGCACCCGGCAGCAUUACCUUCUGAGGACCUGUAGGUUUGGAGCAGGUGCUCCUCGGGGCCCAGGGGAGGAAGCUGUGGCUCUCACAGGCUGUGCCAGGCGUCUGCCCUGCCAUAGGGCCACCAUACUUACUGAGGCA